AUUUAGUUACACUUUUGACUUUUAUAAUAAAAUAAUUUUAUACCGAAUAUGAGUUGUUGUAUUUUUAAUUAAAAAAAAAGGGAUUUUUCAUUUUUAUUAUAAGGCGUGUGGACAUGAUAUAGAGUACGUAUACAUGCAAUUGCAAGGGAAUAAAAACAAGUCAAAAGUAGCGGUCCUGCGAGGGAAACUUUGAACACCACUACCACCACCAUCACCACCAGUCAAAGACUCAACAUUCAAGAUUCAAAACACAAAGAAGAGGAAGAAGAAGAAGAAGAAGAUACCCAAAAUAAAAAAUAAAAUAAAAAACAAUGGGGAACACGUAGGAUGACAAAUAAGCAGCAGCAGAGAUAUAAAUAUAAAUAUAAAUAGUGGUCGGCGCCUGUGUCAACGCUCUUCAUUUCCCGUGUCCUCCUUCAACUUCAACCCAACAACAGCAAUAAUGCUUCUUCUCUCUUUUCAUCUCCAAUGUCUCUGCAAAUCCACUCGCACCCGAACAAUUAUUACUAACUAACAUAACAGUUUUCUCUUUUGUUUCUUCUUCUUUGCUUCAUAGUUUUUUCAUGGUUCUCGACUGCCAAAUUUAGAAGAAGAAGAUUAUUUGUUGUUUGGUUUCUAUCUCUGUCACUCUCGCGAAGAACAAAAGAUCCAUAAUUUGAAGAGAAAAGUCUAAAAGAAAAAGAAAGAGAGAAGAUGCUGUAGCCUCAGUCCUUCAAUAAGGUGUAUUUACGUUUUGAAUAUGCCGUUCAGUUUUUAGCCAUAUACUUAGUUAUAGGUGAAAGCCAACGGUUAGAUCAAGUACUUUCAUACAUUUUGAGAAACAUGAGCAGCAGAACGAGCCCAAAGAUUCGAUUAGUAAGAUGUCCUAAAUGUCGGCAUAUCCUUCCAGAGUUGCCGGAUGUUCCUGUCUACGAGUGUGGUGGCUGCGGCACUCGUCUCCAAGCAAAAAUAAAGAAAGAAAAUGCCAACAGCACAACAGCAGGCUCACCUGAAACCAACACUAGAGAGACGAGCAAACUGGAUUAUGUUUCUGAAGAUAACAAAUCUAGCAGCUCAAUUCAAGCAAUUCUUCAUUCUGCAGGAGAAUGCUCUCGGAACCAAAACAAUGGGAUGUAUCAAAUUGAAUCCAGCGAUUGCCGUGGUGAUAAAGUCACAGUUGUGAACUUACAAAAUGAGGAUGAAAAAAAUGCAGGCCAUCAAAGUGGAUCUGAGGAUUUUGAAAGUCAGCAGCUUCAAGAUGUAAACUUGUCGAAUGAUGACCGAAAGAGUGGAAGUGAUAAAAAGGAACGCGGGGUAUGUUAUGAUGAGCAAGUCGUGAGAGAUGUAUACUUAUCAAGAGAAGAUCGCAGCAGCAGUAGCCAUAGAAGUGAAUCUUUAACUGGCAAUGUUGAGCAGCUUGGGAUUUCCAAUGAGGACUGCUCAUUAAAUGAACUCUCUAAUCUUGUGAGUGGAGAGCUGCCCCAGUCCCCAUUAGGAGGAACAAUUUCAGAAGUUGAAAUUAAUGAUGAAAGCUCAUCAUUAGCCUUAAAGGUGGAAGCAGAAGCAGAUCAUGAGACUAGUCAUAGUUUCACAAGAUCAAGCCAAGGAGAGCUGGUUCAUACAAAUGGAAGUGUCCCAUUUGCCACUGCCCAUUGGCUAGAAGGAGCAAACAUUUCAUCAGAUAUCCUUGACUCUUCUCCUCAUGAAGUUCUAGAGCAGCAGCCUCAGGAAAGUUCCCACCAUCGUUCCGAUCGUGUUAAAUCUACAGAUACAUUUGAAACAACAGAAUUUUUCACCCCCAGUUCUGAGCUCAGCGGUACUUUUAUAGAUUUGUCCAAAUCCCCAACAACCAGAAGUUCUCGUGCUUACUACGAUGACGGUGUCUCUUCUUAUGAAGGAACUGAUGAUCAAUUGCCUGAUAGACAUAAAUAUUCAUGUAAAUAUGCUUAUAGGCUUCCAAACAAUGCUGUUUCUGAUAUGAGGACCAAGAGGGAAAGAUUCCCGGGCAACAGCGAUUAUGGAAUGCAACAUCAUUUCAGGAGUUCUGCAUCUGUGCUGCCUGGAAAGAUGCAGUACUCCAGAAAAUCCAGCAAUUUGGAUCGAGAUGAAUUGCUGGAGCCGACAAGACUCAACCAUUUAGUUAGAAACUGGAGAAGAGCAGAGAUAGAUCAAUAUCCUUCUCAGCAUCUUUUGCAUCGAAGUGGUAGUCCCUCCAGUCAACUGGACAAUGGUUUCAAUGACAAUUCAAGCUUCCCUUCACAAGACAAGCUUGCAUAUACUGAACGGGAGAAGAUGAAACUGUUGAGAAUGGUUUAUGAAUUGCAGGAUCAACUUAACAGCUCCUCUUUGAGUCAUAAAGAGAAUCGAGGAGUCUCCUGGAAAGAUGAUCGUAUCCCCAUGUACUACGAUCCUGAGGUCCUACAACAGGAAAGUUUACAUAACUUGUACAUUCCUAGAUAUUCUGGAGCACUCAGAGAUGGGAGAAACAGGUCUCAACAGAGGAAAUACUCAAGAAUACCAUUCUCAGCUGAGGCAACAACCAGUAGACACCAAGUUGAUCAUUCCUUCUGCUCCUGUCCUCAAGAUUGGCAGCGCUCAGCACAAGUACCUUCAUCUCUGCUUCAUCACAAUAAAGGGUUUUGUGACAUACAUUCUCGCUUCAAUCUUUACAAUUCCUAUGGGUCUUGUCCCUCAAGUCCUCAACGAUAUAUAGACUCUGAGUUUCCUACAUAUAGCCGUGGAACCAAGUCUGAUGACCAGAGGCAUAGAGAUCAUGAGGUGAAAAAGUACUUGAGAGAGAAACAUCACUUGGCCAAGCGACACCUCAGGCCCAUAGCAGGUGGAGUCCCUCUCAUAACUUGUCCUUGCUGCUUGAAACAGCUGCAGUUACCUGCAGAUUUUGUCCUCUUUAAAAGGAGGUUCCAUCGGCUAAAAUGUGGAGCUUGUUCAGAGGUUCUCAAGUUUUCACUUGUAAACAGAACUCAUCUAAUCCCAUAUACACCAACUGCUGAACCCCCUCCACCAAGUGAGGUUGACGAGUAUAAUGAUGCUACUCAUCGCAGAAACUUUACUUCAACAUCUCAUGUCAGUGAUUGUCCCUGUCCGGAUUCUGUGUCAUCUUCUGAUGAUUUCACUGAAGAGACAUCAUUUCAUGCGGCCCGUGGCAAUGCAGUUCAAAGAAAUGUUUCUUCCAGUUCACUUGAUCAUGGCAAAGAGAGGAAGAGAUCUGUUCUAAAUGUUUCUGAAAGCAGAGGUAAGAAAGAUGUUGAAGCAUAUGAAUCUGCUGGCCCUUCCACUAGUAACUACAAAUUGAAGAAUGUGUCCUCAGAAAUUGAGGAGCUUCCAGCAUCACCAAGAGGAGGGGGAGGUUCACCACUUCAUCGACUAAUGGGUUAUUCUUCACCUAGUGCACUGGUGUUUGGUUGGGGACCAUCUGACCCAGGGACAAGCUCCUACCAUUCAGGACAUAACCUGACAUAAAGAAAUUAAAAAAAUAUCUUCUCAAAUAGUGGUGUUUGUAUCGCCCUCCAGCCAAAUUCAUGGUGUUCUAGUUACAUAGCCUACUGCCUAAGAAGAUUGUGCUAUAUUUUUCAUUGCUGUUCAUUUGUUAGUACAGGUAAUUCUUAGUUUCCAUGGGAGUGUGGAGUAUAUCAUUAGAAGAAGAACCAAACAUUUAAUUUUGUGUGUACAGAUGUUUUGCAGAGAAAAUCCCAGUAUAAUUUGUUUGAUUGUACAAAACAUUGCUGAUCCUGUGAAGGAGUUCCAGUAUAAUUUGGUUGAUUGUACAAAACAUUGCUGAUCCUGUGAAGGAGUUGUUGCAUUCUUUUUCUGUAUUUGAAGUGAGCAAAACUGUUUGGUCACAGUGCAUUGCAGAUAGAUAGAAUACUACGCUGUAAUCACUUUAUUCAUGUUCCUUGUCUUUAACCAUUUUUAUUUUGUUUGACCAUGAAAUUGAGCAGUUUGUUGCCA